AUGCCCGACCAAAUAGCCGUCCUCUUUUGCUGCAUGGGCAACAUUUGCCGCUCCACCAUGGCCGAGGGCGUCUUCCAGGCCAUGGCCAAGAAGGAGCCCUACAACGCCUGUGUCUCCAAAGUGGACUCGUGCGGCACGAUCUCCUACCAUACCGGCGACGACCCCGACGACCGCACCAUGGCCACGCUCGCCGCCCACGGCAUCACCGACUACGCCCACCGCGCGCGCAUGCUCCAGGCCGCCGACCUCGACCGCUUCGACUACAUCUUUGCCAUGGACAAGCAGAACCUGAGCGACAUCCAGCGCCUCCAGCAGAAGCACCCCAACAAGACCAGGGCGCAGGUCAUGCUGUUUGGGGCGUACGCGACGCCCGACGGCGACGGCCGCGAGGUGAUUUCGGACCCCUACUAUGGCGGCCACGACGGCUUCAGCAAGGCAUACGAGCAGGCGACGCGGUUCAGCAAGAACUUUCUGAAGGCGGCCUUUCCCGAGAUUACACCGCCAUGA